CGCCGCUCGGGAGUCGCCGCCGCCGCCGCCGCCGUUGCCGCCGCCGUUGCCGCCUCCCCGCCGGCAAGUGCGUGAGAAGGAGCCGCCGCGGGCCGCCGCCGCCGCCGCCGCCGCCAUGGGAGUGAGUGAGGCCGGGGAGGAAGUCGAGCAGAGGCAAGGAGAAGAAGCAGAAGCGGCUGGAGGAGCGAGCAGCCAUGGACGCCGUCUGUGCCAAAGUGGAAGCCGCCAACAGGCUUGGAGACCCCUUGGAGGCCUUUCCCGUCUUCAAGAAGUACGACCGCAACGGGUUAAACGUCUCGAUCGAGUGCAAGCGCGUGUCCGGCCUGGAGCCAGCCACGUUGGACUGGGCCUUCGGCCUCACCAAGACCAACAUGCAGUCCAUGUAUGAGCAAAGCGAGUGGGGCUGGAAGGACCGAGAGAAGCGGGAGGAGAUGGCGGACGACCGCGCCUGGUACCUCAUAGCUUGGGAAAGCAGCUCGGCCCCCGUGGCCUUCUCCCAUUUCCGCUUCGACGUGGAGUGCGGGGAUGAAGUCCUGUACUGCUACGAGGUGCAGCUGGAGAGCCGGGUGCGGCGGAAAGGCCUGGGCAAGUUCCUCAUUCAGAUCCUGCAGCUCGUGGCCAACAGCACCCAGAUGAAGAAGGUGAUGCUCACGGUGUUCAAGCACAACCACGGCGCCUACCAGUUCUUCCGAGAGGCGCUGCAGUUUGAGAUUGACGACUCGUCCCCCAGCAUGUCGGGGUGCUGCGGGGAGGAUUGUUCCUACGAGAUCCUGAGCCGGAGGACCAAGUUUGGGGACAGCCAGCACUCCCACGCGGGCGGGCACUGUGGGGGCUGCUGCCACUGAGCUGCUCCCUGCCCUGCGCGCCCUGCUGCCCCCCUCGGGCCGCUGUGGGAGGGGUGGGGCCCUGCUCCUCUGCAGCUGGCCCGUUCCCCUCCCGGCUCCGGCUGGCUCUCGGGGGCAAAGCCACCUGGUGUGACAUCAGGGCACAGCAAGAGGCCUGAGGCCAGGCUCGGGGGACAGUGCUGCUGGCAACCCUCAUCAGCUGCAUCCGCCAGGGGACAGCCGGCCCUGGAGGGGCUUCUUGGCCCCUGGGGGAGCACCUCCGUGUGGCUCUGGGCUCGGGCACUCGUAUCCGCGCGGGAUCUGUAGACAGAGGCCUGCCCCGCCCACAGUGCCUGUCCCGCGCCUCUGCCGGUACCUCGUCUCCCCCAGAGGGACAGUGCCAGGGAGCCCCCCCCCCCCCAUCUCGGUGCUCACUGCUCUCUGCAGGGGUCCUGUCUGCUGUGCCCCCACCCGCCCCCGCUGCCUUCCCGGGCCCCGCGCUCGGCAGGGCGGGGAGAGGCUUACUCAGGGACCGGGCAGGCUCAGAACAACGCCUCCUGACGGGGGUCACUUGCAGCCCCCUGCUGCCAUCCGGGCGCCUCCUCGCAAGGACGGAGCCACCACGUCCAACCCUGGAGAGACUGUGACCUUCCAGCCGGGCCUGGAGACGCAGUGCGAGGUCCUGCGCUUCCCAGCACCCCCUGUCUCGAGUCACCAGCCCGCUGCCCCCCAGGACUUUGCCGUCCUGGGGGAGCCUGGAGGCUCUGCCCUGGGCCCUGUCCCGACCCCCGAAGCACCUGACAGGGGUUGACAGGCCCCUCCCAGGGUCUCGGGGUGCGGGAGUGUGUGUGGGCCCCGCCUCUUAGGACACCGGUGUGCUGGGUUUCUGAUGCCCCCACUCAGGACCAACAGGCACCCCCCGUGUGCGCCCCACAGCCCCCACUCCGGCACCCGCCUGCCCCUCCCGACCCCCGCUCUGGGCUCAGGAGAGCGGCCGCUGCAGCUGGCGCUCGAUUGUUGGGGCGCAUGUUAAACUAUUUUCAAAGGUUUUAGUUGGCUCCGCCCUUCAGGUUAUUUUUAUUGAUGCCAGACCUGUAUAUGACGUGUAUGGUUCUUUUUAGCCCUUUCUCUCUUUUUUUUUUUUAGAGGAAACUUUGGAGAUAAACCUGUUGAUAUAUAUUUUUUUUCUUUAGAGUUAUCACUGGAAUCAAAGGGAAUUAUGAUCUCUUUUACAUUGGAUGUAUUUGUAUGUCACAAAUAAAAGCCACUUUGUUCAA